UUUAUAGAUUAUAAAUAGCUGCAACCACUUUGUGCUUGAAUCAGAGGUCCACUUCCCCCACUUGUUCUGUCUUGAAAAUCCAUUUUGCUUUAUUUCCUCUGCUCACAUAUUCUCCAUGGAGAACUUAUUGGGUUUGCUCAGAAUUCAUGUUGAAAGAGGGGUCAAUCUAGCUAUCAGGGAUGUGGUCAGUAGUGACCCUUAUGUUGUCAUCAAAUUGGGCAAGCAGGUAAUUUUUCUCUACUUGUUUAAUCAUAAGCUGAAGACUCGGGUAGUGAAGAAGGAUCUAAAUCCUGAAUGGAAUGAUGACUUAACUUUGUCCAUUUCAGAUCCUCAUGCUCCAAUCCAACUACUUGUGUAUGACAAGGACACAUUUAGCUUGGAUGACAAAAUGGGGGAUGCUGAAUUUGUGAUUGGUCCAUUUCUUGAUGCAAUAAAAAUGCGCUUGGAAGGUCUUCCAAAUGAUACUAUAGUUACAAAGGUGCUACCUAGCAGACAAAAUUGCUUAGCAGAAGAGAGUCACAUUGUGUGGAAAGAUGGUAAAGUUGUGCAAAACAUGGUUCUUAGAUUAAGAAAUGUUGAGAGUGGGGAAGUGGAGCUUCAGUUGCAUUGGGUUGACAUUCCUGGUUCAAGGGGUCUGUAGGACACGCCUAACUUCUUGGCCUUUUGUAAAAAUUAUGAGACUUGCAGCCUCAUAAACCAGCAGCACCCUUAAUUUGCUUUAGUUUCUCUACUUUUUAACUUCCAAAUUGCUCAAUG